AUGCCUGGGAGCACUGUUCUGGUCACAACUGAGGAUGCAGAUGAACCUGAGAAGAAGAGAUUUCAGAGGUUUUAUACCUGCUUUGGGCCAAUUAAGAAGGGUUUCAGUAGUGGAUGUAGGCCAUUGAUUGGCCUUGAUGGGUGUCAUUUAAAAGGCCCUUAUGGUGGGCAGCUGUUAUCAGCCAUUGGAACAGAUGCUAAUGAUGGGAUGUAUCCCUUGGCUUGGGCAGUUGUGGAGGCUGAAAACAGUGAAAGCUGGUCAUGGUUUUUAACAAACAUUGUUGCAGAUUUAAAGAUUGAAAAUGAUGGGAGCUGGACUUUUAUAUCUGACAGGCAGAAGGGACUUAUUAAUGCACUGGAAAGCAUUGUGCCUAAUGCUGAGCAUAGGUUCUGUGUAAUGCACCUAUACAGAAACAUGUGGAAGGAGCAUAAAGGCAUUGGUGUAAGACAGUGCUUGUGGAGGGCAGCAAGGGCCACCACAGAGUAUACUUUUUUAAAAUCCAUGGAAGAAAUGAAAAAGAUGUCAAAGAAAUGCCAUGAUUGGUUACUAGAAAAGCCAAGGUCACAGUGGACAAGGAGCCAAUUUAGGUUGACUCCUAAGUCAGACACAUUUGUCAAUAACCAGUGUGAAGUUUUCAACAGCACAAUCAGGAAACAUAGGGACCUACCCAUUAUAUCUAUGUUUCAAGCAAUUCACAUAGAUGUAAUGACUAGAAUCCAGAAGAGAAGGGACAAAAUGCUAGAUACCAUUGUAGUGAGUCCUAUAUGUCCAAAUGCAGUUAAGAGACUAAAUAAAGCUGUUGCACAGAUUAAAGGGUGCCAUGUGGUUUGGUCUGGGGGCCCCAAGUACUUGGUACAGAUGACUGCAGGAGGGUAUCAGAUGGUGGUUGAUUUAGAGGCAAAAAGAUGUGGGUGCAAUAAAUGGGAGUUGUCAGGGAUCCCAUGCUACCAUGCAUGUGCUGCCAUUGCAUGGUCUAAAAAACCUUAUGAAGACUUCAUUCACAGUUGCUACUCAAAACAAGCUUUCAUUGCAUGCUAUCAGAACACCCUGGAACCAAUUGCAGGAGAAGAACAAUGGGAGCAAACUGAGUAUCCAAGGCCAUUGCCACCAGUUAUGAAGGUGCAGACUGGAAGACCUAAGAAGUCUAGGAGCAAGAAAAAUGACACACCAGCUGGUGCAACUAGACUUAAAAGGCAAAACACUAAAGUGAGGUGCAGUUAUUGCACUGAGUAUUCUCAUAACCUCAGGACAUGUCCAGCUAGGGCACAUGAUAAGGCUAAUGGAUGUGAGAAGGUUGUGAAGAGAAGAAACAAGAAAACCAAAAAGGAUGAUAUUGAAGAAGGGACAGCUGCAGAUGAUGAAGGGAAUGAGGAUGCAGCAGGUGAUACACAGACAGAUGCACCAACUGAGGGGAGUCAGGGAGGAGUGUUCAACAUGCAGCAACCACAUGAUUCAACUGCAAGACCAUCUCCCCUUGGCAUUGAUCCAUUGCAGUUCAGUACAAGAAGUAAUGCCACUGUGACAUCUCUUAGGAACCUGGAAUUGGCAAAGAGGAGGAGGGAAGGUAGAGCAAAACAGAAGCCACUUUGGAAGCACUAA